ACCAUAGGGAUAUACACAUCAACAACAGCCAGAGCCACCUACCUUCCUACACUUUCCAGAUCCUUCCAUUUGGAUUCAACCGCAAUGGCUUUCUCAGCUGCUACUUCCAUGGCUGCUCUUCUCUCUUCCAAUCCCAAAGCCUUCCUUUCUUCCAAGAAAUCCCUCUCUUCUCAGACCAUUCCCCUUGCUUCCUCCUUCUCCGGCAAACCCGUCGCAUCCCGUCUUCCCCGCUCCUUAUCCUCCCGCUCUUCUACCUCCAAACGCCCAAGUUUUCUCGUCCGUGCUAGUGAACUUCCUCUGGUUGGAAAUACAGCUCCAGACUUCGAGGCAGAGGCUGUUUUUGAUCAGGAAUUUAUUAAGGUUAAACUCUCUGAGUAUAUAGGAAAGAAAUAUGUUAUACUCUUCUUCUACCCACUGGAUUUCACCUUUGUUUGCCCCACUGAAAUCACUGCUUUCAGUGACCGAUAUGAAGAAUUUCAGAAGCUGAACACAGAAGUUUUAGGUGUAUCCAUCGACAGUGUGUUUUCCCACCUUGCAUGGGUCCAGACAGACAGAAAGUCCGGGGGAUUGGGUGAUCUAAAAUAUCCAUUAGUUUCUGAUGUGACCAAAUCAAUCUCGAAAUCAUACGAUGUGCUGAUUCCUGAUCAGGGUAUUGCACUAAGAGGACUUUUCAUCAUUGACAAAGAGGGAGUUAUUCAACACUCCACCAUCAACAAUCUGGCAAUUGGCCGUAGUGUUGAUGAAACACUGAGAACACUCCAGGCUUUACAAUACGUGCAAGAGAACCCUGAUGAAGUAUGCCCGGCUGGAUGGAAACCUGGUGAGAAAUCCAUGAAACCGGACCCCAAACUUAGCAAGGAAUACUUUGCCGCAAUCUAAGCUGGAUAGAUCCAACAGAAGUGUGAUGGUAUUGCCUUUUGCUAGUUAUAGAGGUUUUUCACAAAGUUUUGUUGCAAUGUAGCAUACCUCUUAACAUUGAGUUUUGCCUGUUGGUUGGGAAUAACCUAAUGUCAAAAUUGAAUGGGACUUCUCCUCCUCCUGUAUUUCGAUGCUGCAAUAAACUUUCCCUCGUUUUCUUACUGUCUUUA